ACACAAAAAUCUAGAAUAGGACACUUCUAUUUCUAAUUCUUUAAUGAAUUAAUAAUAAAUCGAAAUUCAGCUCAAAAUACCAGAAAGCCUAAAAUUUCAACAUAUUUACAAACCCAAUCACUCUACCCACCCAAUUACUAAUAACCCGACCCGACCCAUCUCUUUUCCCCUAAAUCCCUAAUUUUUUUUCUUCGACGUAACCAAGAAACACAAAUCCAAACACAAUCGACAAUCUCAAAUCACUAUCUCCCUCAAUCUCCCCUCACUAAUCAAACUCUGUAACAAUCAUCUUGAAGUUGGUCUCUUGAAUCUCAUCUAUUUCUCUGUUUCGUGUCACUCAUUGAAAAACUAUGGCUCCUAAGACUCGCUUCGCCGGAAAAACAAAAAAGGAAGGUGCGCCGGAGAAGAAGAAGAAGAAGAACAAGUCUGCGGCGGAGAAGAAGAAAGCUGCGGCGAUGAAGAGGAGGAGAGAAGCCGUGAAAAAAAAAAGAGAUGCAGCAAAGAAGAAGACUGAAACCGCAGAAAAGAAGAGGAAGCAAGACUCGUCUUCGUCGGAGUCUUCAUCCAAUCCAACCAAGCGGCGUCGGACCGCAUCUUCACCAGAACAACAUUCCGAUCCCGAUCAUUCCCCGGCACCAUCAGCGGAAUUGCUUUCUCAGGAUGAUAGAGAGGGUACGCCAAGCCCAUCAUUUCCGAUUGAGCCACAAAAAGCACCUACUCAAACACCCAGUGAGGCGGAGAAUCCACUGCAAGCUCCAAUAACUUCUAACAACAGAGAGGAUCCCAACAGAGAGUCACACUCACCAGAGGCUGCCAUUAACAAUGAAGCGCAAAGAACGAUUGGAUCUAACAACAGUGAUUCAAACCCACCUGAGGCUGCCAUUGGAUCUGCUACCAUUGACAAUGACGCGCCAAGAACGGCUGGGGAGGAGAAUAUGGCCGUAGAACCAAUGAGACCUGUUGGUUUUUUCUUCAAGCCGACUGAUUAUUGGACGGCUUGCAAGCUCUCCUCAAGGUGCCACCAACACGAUUUUCUGGAGACGAUUAAAGACUUUAAGGAGUCAGAGAAGAGUUGGUUUGAGAAUCACCCUCAGUUCAAGCAUUUAUUCCACAUGGAUUGUUGCGAGAAAAGAAAGGUUCAGGGAUUGUGGAUGUUGCUACUUCGUUGUAUGCAUACAGGAAAGGAGCGACAAGCUUGGUUUGGGGUAAACGGUGUUCCAAUUAGAUACUCUAUCAGGGAACAUGCCCUCCUCUCUGGUUUAUACUGUGGAUCAUACCCUGAUAAAACUAUCCGAGAAAAGGGAAGAUGAAGUUUGCAACAAAGCAUUUUAAGCACUUGCAGAAGAAGACUAAGGAGAAGAAUAGGAAGAAACAGGGUCUGAGAGUGACAGAAGCGGAUGUCUUAGAGAAGCUUGAGAAGAUGGAAGCUGAUGAUGGUAGUGAUGAGCGUCUGAAGAUGGCGGUUCUUUAUUUUUUGACCAGAGUAAUAAGAGGAAGGACAAGAAAUGGAUACUUCAUUGAGCCUUUCAUUCUCCAGGCAGUAGAUGAUUUGGAUUUUUGCAACAAAUUUCCAUGGGGCCGUUACACAUUUGAUGAUUGCAUGAAGGAGAUUUUCCACUUGAGGGAUCAUUUCGCUAAAGGGCUGCCAGAGAAU